UUUCAACCCCUGAAAUCAAAAGACGACACUCUCAAAGCUCACGUUCCUUUUUCUCUUAUUAAGUUCCCAUCUUAAAAGCCAACCGUAUAUUCCAAACCUCUCAUCCACCGUUUGAUCAAAAUCGAACGGCCAGUGUUACCCUAUUCCUGCUUUUCUUCUAUAAAUAUAAAACCCGCCUUUAUUUACUUCCCCUUCUAUCAUUUCUUCCUCUCAUCCACCGUCGACGCCACCGUAUUAAAUGGCGUCCGUCGCCCUCACCUCCUCCUGCUCCCUAGGUUUCUCACGUAUUAAAUCUCGUUCUCUUCCUUCCAGAUCGGGUCCGAACCCGGUCUUUUCCCAUCUGCUUCUCUCAAACUCCACUUCAAACAAUUCGAGCUUCAUUAAACCAUUAAGUCUCACUCUCACUCCAAUCAUUCUAAAUAAAAGCAUCCCAACAAAUCCCCGGGAAUUAACUGUCAAAGCGGCGGCAUCAACUCCAGCGGCCGUAACUCCGCCGUCGCAGCAACCAUGGCAAGGUGCAGCAUUAAAGCCAUUAAUGGCGUCGAUUGCUACCGGUGUCAUCCUCUGGUUCCUUCCCGUCCCAUCCGGAGUCUCCCGUAACGCCUGGCAACUACUUUCCAUAUUCCUCGCCACGAUCGUUGGCAUCAUCACUCAACCGUUACCACUCGGCGCCGUGGCUCUACUCGGACUCGGCGCUUCCGUCCUCACCAAAACCUUAACCUUCUCCGCUGCCUUCUCCGCCUUUGGCGAUCCUAUUCCUUGGCUCAUCGCUUUGGCCUUCUUUUUCGCUCGCGGUUUCAUCAAGACCGGACUUGGUAACAGAAUCGCUUACCAAUUCGUUUCCCUAUUUGGAUCGUCCUCUCUAGGUUUAGGCUACAGCUUAGUCUUCAGCGAAGCUUUAUUAGCGCCGGCAAUUCCGUCCGUGUCCGCGCGCUCCGGAGGAAUUUUCCUCCCAUUAGUGAAAUCUCUCUGCGUCGCGUGUGGAAGCAACGCUGGUGACGGAACGGAGAACAAAUUAGGAUCCUGGUUAAUGCUGACGUGUUUCCAAACUUCCGUUAUUUCUUCUUCGAUGUUUUUAACGGCAAUGGCGGCGAAUCCAUUAAGUGCUAAUUUAGCUUUCAGUACGAUUAAACAGCAGAUUGGAUGGACGGAUUGGGCUAAGGCGGCAAUCGUGCCAGGUUUAGUUUCGUUGCUUGUUGUGCCAUUGCUUUUGUAUGUUAUUUAUCCGCCAACGGUGAAGAGUAGUCCCGACGCCCCAAAGCUUGCUAAGGAGAAGCUGGAGAAGAUGGGACCGAUGUCCAAGAAUGAGAUUAUUAUGGCUGGGACUCUGCUUCUAACGGUGGGGCUCUGGAUUUUUGGAGGGAUGUUAAGUGUGGAUGCUGUUACUGCUGCCAUUCUUGGGUUAUCUGUCCUACUUGUGACUGGGGUAGUCACAUGGAAGGAGUGUCUAGCUGAAUCGGUUGCAUGGGAUACACUUACAUGGUUCGCUGCACUCAUUGCUAUGGCUGGAUAUUUGAACAAAUAUGGUCUCAUCUCAUGGUUUAGUGAAACUGUUGUUAAGGUUGUUGGUGGAUUAGGUCUUUCAUGGCAAUUAUCAUUUGGCAUUCUGGUUCUUCUCUAUUUCUACUCACAUUACUUCUUUGCCAGUGGAGCUGCUCAUAUUGGUGCCAUGUUUACAGCCUUCUUGUCUGUGGCUAGUGCUUUGGGCACUCCACCAUAUUUGGGAGCCCUUGUUCUCUCAUUCCUCUCCAACCUUAUGGGUGGCAUUACCCAUUAUGGCAUUGGAUCUGCCCCCGUUUUCUAUGGAGCUGGCUAUGUCCCUCUGGCCAAAUGGUGGGGUUACGGUUUCCUGGUAUCUGUUAUCAAUAUUAUUAUAUGGCUUGGAGUAGGAGGCAUCUGGUGGAAGGCUAUCGGCUUGUGGUAAAGCGGGCAGCCAUAAAAUCUGCAGACAGAGCUUAGAAUUUCCCUGAUUUUUAUUGUCCUGUUCACAAUUUCUUCUUCACUUCCGAAGCAGGUUAAAAUUUGUCUUUGAUUCUUUACCUCGCAAAUAAUCUUGUGGU